CUCUGCCAAGGGAAUAUGAAGUCACAGCCUCUUAGAGCAGAGGAUGUGGAAGAGGAGGACGAAGAGCUUUCGGACAGCGAAGGCGUCAAAAAGAAAAAGAAGAAAUUCCUGAAAAAGCAAAAAGAGAAUAAACCAACUAAGUUGAAGAAGCGGAAGAAAUUGGAACAGCUCACCCCCACGCAGCCCUCUUCAGCCGUGAGGGCAGGAUGGUCUGAGCCACAGACCUUGCGACGACCACGGUCAGCCCCACUCCGUGACCGGCCUGUGGGAGGAGCGCCCGCACUGGCACGGACCCAAUCACAGGAAAGUGAAGAUGAAAUCACCUCCGAUCUGGAGGAGCUCAAGGAGAAAUCGGACAGUGGCGGCAGUGAUUUUGGCAAGAAAAAGAGAAAGAAACGAAAGGAGAAGAAAGAAAAGAAAAUCAAGCGUCGGAAGAAGGAGCAGGGCGAGGAAGAGGAAAGUCACAAGCCUGAACCGAAGUCUUCUGCCCGCCUUCUGGAGGAUUGGGGGCUGGAAGAUGUUGACCAUGUUUUCACCGAAGAUGACUAUCGCACUUUAACUAACUACAAGGCUUUCAGCCAGUUUAUGAGGCCACUCAUUGCCAAGAAGAACCCGAAGAUUCCAAUGUCCAAGAUGAUGACAAUCCUUGGUGCCAAGUGGCGAGAGUUCAGCGCCAACAGUCCGUUUAAGGGGUCAGCAGCUGCAGUGGCAGCGGCUGCUGCAGCAGCAGCAGUUGCAGCUGUGGUGGAACAAGUGUCUACUGCUGGUGCCUCAUCAGGGAGCCUUCCUAUGCCACCAGUACUUCCUGUCCGCAAAGCCAAGACCAAAGAGGGCAAAGGUCCUGGCGCAAAGAAACGGAGCAAGAGUCCGAGGGUCCCAGAUGAAAAAAAGAAAAAGAGGAAGAAGAUGAUUCCUUUGAAAAUUAAGCUGGGCAUAAUGGGGCCAAAGAGGAAGAAGAGCUCCUCGAGUGAUGAGGCAGACUUGGAUGCAGAGUCAGAUUUUGAUGAUGCCAGUGUGCACAGUUCAUCAAUUCGAUCUGACAGCUCUGUUGCACCCCUGAAAAAAGCAAAGUUGAAAGCUAAGGUUGGCCGUAAGAAGAGGAAGGUUGCUGGUGAAGAAGAGGCAGACGGGUAUGAGACUGAUCACCAGGAUUACUGCGAGGUCUGUCAGCAGGGAGGAGAGAUCAUCCUGUGUGACACCUGUCCUAGAGCCUACCACUUGGUUUGCCUAGAUCCAGAGCUGGACAAAGCCCCAGAAGGGAAGUGGAGUUGUCCACACUGUGAAAAAGAAGGUAUUCAAUGGGAGGCAAAGGACGAGGAGGAAGAAGAGGAAGAUGAAGAGGAAGUGGAGUUAGGAGGCGAGCGGGAGGAAGAAGACGAUCAUAUGGAGUACUGCAGAGUCUGUAAAGAUGGUGGGGAGCUGCUGUGCUGUGACGCCUGUCCGUCGUCCUACCAUAUUCACUGUCUCAAUCCGCCACUUCCAGAAAUCCCCAAUGGCGAAUGGCUAUGUCCCCGCUGUACCUGCCCUCCCUUGAAAGGCAGAGUCCAGAAGAUUCUUCAUUGGAAGUGGGGUGAAUUGCCAAUACCAGUCCCUGUACCCAGACCUCCUGAUGCCACUCCUGAGGAUUCCCCACCGAAACCACUGCAUGGGCGCCCUGAGCGGGAGUUUUUCGUUAAGUGGGCUGGCCUGUCGUAUUGGCACUGCUCCUGGGUCACUGAGCUGCAGCUGGAGAUUUAUCAUUCAGUGAUGUUUCGGAACUACCAACGAAAGACUGACAUGGACGAGCCACCUCCGUUUGAUUACUGCUCUGGGGAUGAUGACAGCAAGAGUGAGAAGAGGAAAGCCCAGGAUCCUCAAUAUGCUGCAAUGGAGGAGAAGUUUUACCGCUAUGGGAUAAAGCCUGAGUGGAUGACCAUUCAUCGUAUCCUGCAGCACAGUAUCGACAGGAAGGGAAACUACCACUACUUGGUGAAGUGGAGAGAUCUGUCAUAUGACCAGGCCACCUGGGAGAAGGAUGAACUGGAAAUCCCGGAUUACGAAGCACUCAAAGUUGCAUACUGGAAUCACAGGGAGAUGAUCAGUGGGGAGGAACCCACCAGGCCCAAGAAAACAAAGAAGUUCAAGAAAAUAAAGGAGUUCUUGGCAGACAAGCCUCCUGGCUCGCCUGUAACAGAACCAACAAUUAAAUAUGAAGUCCAGCCAGACUUCAUCACGGUCACUGGUGGAACUUUGCACAUGUACCAGCUGGAGGGACUAAACUGGCUGCGCUUUUCCUGGGCGCAGGGCACUGACACUAUCCUCGCUGAUGAGAUGGGACUGGGAAAGACCAUACAGACCAUUGUCUUCUUGUAUUCUCUAUACAAAGAGGGACAUUCGAGUGGCCCCUUCCUGGUCAGUGCUCCUCUGUCUACCAUCAUAAACUGGGAACGUGAGUUUGAGAUGUGGGCUCCAGAUUUCUAUGUGGUGACUUACACUGGAGACAAAGACAGCCGUGCUGUCAUUCGGGAAAAUGAGUUUUGUUUUGAUGACAAUGCAGUCAAAGUCAGCAAGCGAGCUGUCAAAAUCAGGAGUCAGGCACAAGUGAAGUUUCAUGUUUUAUUGACCUCCUAUGAGCUGGUUACCAUUGACCAGGCAGCUCUGAGCUCCAUUAAAUGGGCCUGUCUAGUGGUAGAUGAAGCACACAGACUGAAGAACAACCAAUCCAAGUUUUUCAGAGUGUUGAACGCUUAUAAGAUUGACUGGAAGUUGUUGCUGACAGGAACACCACUUCAAAAUAACCUAGAAGAACUCUUCCAUUUGCUCAACUUUCUCACGCCUGACCGUUUCAAUAACCUAGAGGGUUUCCUUGAAGAAUUUGCUGACAUCUCAAAAGAAGACCAGAUCAAGAAGCUCCAUGAUCUCCUUGGUCCCCACAUGCUUCGACGCCUUAAAACUGAUGUUUUCAAGAAUAUGCCAUCCAAGACAGAACUGAUUGUGCGUGUGGAGUUGAGUACGAUGCAGAAAAAGUACUACAAAUUUAUUCUGACAAGAAACUUUGAUGCGCUGAACUCGAAAGGUGGUGGAAAUCAGGUGUCAUUGCUGAAUAUUAUGAUGGAUCUGAAGAAAUGUUGUAACCAUCCUUAUCUCUUCCCUGUGGCUGCCAUGGAGUCUGCAAAGUUGCCUAAUGGUGCGUAUGAAGGCAGUGGGCUGAUCAAGUCAUCAGGAAAGUUAACGCUCCUCCAGAAGAUGCUGAAGAAACUGAAAGCCCAGGGCCACAGGGUGCUGAUAUUUUCUCAGAUGACUAAAAUGUUGGAUUUAUUGGAAGACUUCAUGGACUAUGAGGGCUACAAGUAUGAAAGGAUUGAUGGAAGUGUCACUGGUGCAAUGAGGCAGGAAGCUAUCGACCGAUUCAAUGCUCCGGGAGCUCUGCAGUUUUGCUUCCUGUUGUCAACUAGAGCUGGGGGGCUUGGAAUUAACUUAGCCACAGCUGACACAGUUAUCAUCUUUGAUUCAGACUGGAACCCCCACAAUGACAUCCAGGCCUUUAGCAGAGCUCACCGCAUUGGUCAGGCAAAUAAAGUGAUGAUCUACCGCUUUGUCACUCGCGCCUCUGUAGAGGAGCGAAUCACACAAGUGGCUAAACGUAAAAUGAUGCUGACUCACCUGGUGGUUCGGCCUGGCCUGGGCUCCAAGACUGGUAGCAUGACCAAGCAGGAGUUGGAUGAUAUCCUCAAGUUUGGCACAGAAGAACUCUUCAAAGGAGAUACUGAAGGUGAUAAUAAGGAUGAAGACAGCAGUGUUAUCCACUAUGAUGGGGCUGCUAUUGAUCGACUGCUAGAUAGGAACCAGGAUGCAACAGAGGACACAGAUAUACAAAGUAUGAAUGAAUACCUCACCUCCUUCAAAGUGGCUCAGUAUGUUGUCCGGGAGGAGGACAAGGAAGAGGAGAUCGAAAGGGAGAUCAUCAAGCAAGAAGAGAAUGUGGAUCCUGACUACUGGGAAAAGCUGCUGCGGCAUCACUAUGAGCAGCAGCAGGAGGAUCUGGCAAGGAAUCUGGGCAAAGGCAAACGAGUCCGCAAGCAGGUCAACUACAAUGACGCUGCCCAGGAAGAUCAAGAAUGGCAGGAUGAUGUAUCAGACAACCAAUCAGAAUAUUCGGUUGGUUCAGAGGAAGAAGAUGAAGACUUUGAUGAAAGACCAGAAGGUCGUCGACAAUCCAAGCGUCAACUCCGUGGUGAGAAGGACAAACCACUUCCACCUUUGCUGGCGCGAGUUGGUGGAAACAUCGAGGUUUUAGGAUUUAACACUCGACAGAGGAAAGCUUUCCUCAAUGCAGUGAUGAGGUGGGGCAUGCCUCCUCAGGAUGCUUUCAACUCCCAGUGGCUGGUCAGGGAUCUGCGAGGCAAGAGUGAGAAGGAGUUCAAGGCUUAUGUAUCGCUGUUCAUGAGACAUCUGUGUGAGCCUGGGGCUGAUGGUGCAGAGACGUUUGCAGAUGGCGUGCCUCGAGAGGGUCUCUCUCGGCAGCAAGUCCUGACCAGGAUAGGAGUCAUGUCUCUGGUGAAGAAGAAGGUGCAGGAAUUUGAACACAUCAAUGGGAAGUGGAGCAUGCCAGAGCUUAUCCCAGAGGUCACUGCCGAUUCGAAGAAAUCAUCCAGAGCCUCCUCUCCCGUAGUGAAGACAGCAACAACAACACCAGAGCCCAGUUGUAGCAACACACCCUGCACUUCAAAACCAGCAACUCCUGCCCCAAGUGAUAAAUUGGAAGGAAUUGGAAAUCCUCCUGAAAAGGAGGUGACAGAUUCCAAGGAGGAAGAGGCAAAUGGUGGCGAGAAAAUGGAACUGGAGACUCCCAGUACAGAGGAAGAUCCUGUGACUAUUGAAAAGGCUGAGACCCAGCACCAGCCACCGGUUAGUGAAGAUGUUAAAGAAGUGCCAGAAGAGGAAAGGCAGAGUGGUGGAGUAGAAGGACAGGAUGCAGUGACCAAAGAUGAGAAACAAGAGACUGAAAGGAGUGGCAGGGAACCGACAGUCGAAAAAACCGAUGUGACCUCGGAAGUGAAAGAAAAGGUUGAGCCAGAGACUGCUGUUAUUAAAGAGGAGACUAAGACAGAGAAGGAUUUACGAUCUAUUAAUGUUAAAGAUGAAAGCAAGAACAAUGGGAAGAGGGAGGAGGACAGGACGGAGAAGUGCAAGUUCAUGUUUAAUAUCGCCGAUGGAGGCUUCACAGAACUGCAUACACUGUGGCAGAAUGAGGAACGGGCUGCAAUAUCCUCUGGGAAGGUAUCUGAAAUUUGGCACCGACGACAUGACUUCUGGCUGCUGUCUGGGAUUGUUGUGUAUGGAUAUGCACGAUGGCAGGACAUUCAGAAUGAUGCCCGGUUUGCCAUUAUCAACGAACCCUUCAAGUUGGAAGUGAACAAAGGAAACUUCUUGGAGAUGAAGAACAAGUUUCUUGCUCGAAGGUUUAAGCUUCUGGAGCAAGCAUUGGUGAUUGAAGAGCAGCUGCGGAGGGCAGCCUACUUGAACAUGACACAAGAUGCCACUCACCCAGCCAUGGCACUCAAUACCCGCUUUGCAGAGGUGGAAUGCCUGGCUGAGAGCCACCAGCAUCUGUCUAAAGAGUCGCUAGCUGGGAACAAACCUGCCAAUGCUGUCCUGCACAAAGUUUUGAACCAACUGGAGGAGCUGUUGAGUGACAUGAAGGCAGAUGUGACCCGACUCCCGUCUACAUUGUCACGGGUACCACCAAUAGCUGCUCGUCUCCAGAUGUCCGAGCGCAGUAUUCUCAGCCGACUGGCCAAUAAGGGAAGCGAGGCUGCAAAUACACCAGCUUUCCCACCAGGCCCAUAUACAACAUCUCAAGCAUAUGGUGGCUCUUUUGGGCCACCUGUUCCUGUCAGCACACCUGGAGGCCCAAUGAAUUUCAGUCAGGUGCCAGGUGGCUCCUUUGUAACAGAUCCUGUACAGCUCCCCCCACCAGUGAGCUUUCAACAUCCCGUUUCUGGAGCACUCACAAGCCAGGGCCACCUCAUCCUCCCACAGCCUUUUCUGCAGCCUCCCACCCAGAGGCCCAUCUCUUUCAGUAACGACAAACUUCCUACUAACACGCUGGGAGCCGCAGCAUCCAACGGCCCUUCUGUCUUAGAGAAAAAAGAAAGCAGCAAGGACGGAGUGAAUUUGGAAAAGAAAGAAAAGACCGGGGAAAUAAUAUGCAUAGAUGACUGACCCCUCCAACCCCAUUCUUGCUUGUCCCUGCCCUCCAUACUGGUUAUGUUUAUAUUUUGUUUUGAGAGGAAACACAGGCUGAUGUGGUUGUUUGUGUGUUUAAUGCCCCAGAAGGUGUGUGAGUGAAUGGGAGGGUUUAUAACUUAUGAAGAUCUCUUCAACACUCCACUUGCUCACCCCUCACCCUCCCAGAGGAUGCCAUGGUUUGGAUUCUGAAAUUGGUGGGAACAUCACCUGUGUUGAUGUGCAUUGGUGAUCUUGGCUCACAGUAGUUUUAGAUAUUGAUGCAAGGCAUUAUCCUUUUUUUAUUUUCUACUCUCCCUCUCCCCCUCUAUUGUCAUUUGGGAAUUCUGAGAGUGGAUAAGCAGGCAAGACUUUAGCUCCAAGUGUCACCCCUAAUGCUGGAAGACGUGAUGUUAUUUGAGCACAGUAGCAAUCAUGCUCCUGCCUCAAUUUAUUAAUGAGGACAUGUUUAGGCUUUGAGGCUCAACUGAGUUACCGCAAAAACAACAAAUUGAAAUUAGCUCUUGUACGUUCUGCUCCAAUAACUAGAACCUGCAGUAGAAAUAUCACCCAGUAAAAUAUUAGGUGAGAGUUCAGAAAUUGUGUGGUGGAAUUGUGGCCCUGCAAGUGAUGUACUGGGUUCUUCAGCAGUCGGAAGCCUCCUUGAGACAUGUUGUAGGUUGUGUGUUAGAUGUGAGAAAAGACUGACUGGGUCAUUCUUGUGACAUUGUAGGAUACAAUAGCUCUUAAAAGGUCUUGCACCUCUUGAUCCUUGUGGGCUGACACCUUAUCACUACCAAAACAACCCAUUUUCAUCAGAUACUAAAGAGCUGUAUUGUGUAAUUGUAUGGUUUGAUUUCAUUCCUAGAUCUCAGCAGGCACACGUUUCCAAAAUAGUCUUUCCAGCUUGAUUGCUCUAUGGUAGACAUUUUGGAAGCAAGGCACCAAACCACUUGGCAAUCCCAAUGUGUUGCUAAGUGUUAAUCUAUUUAUUUGCUUCCCUGAAAGGAGUGUCAGUAGAGCUGCUUUGAGGAAGGGUGGAUUCUGGGGAUUAAAAAGAGCCUAGCUACUGGGAAAUUGGCAUUCUGCUAAAUUUUCUUCCUCGUUACCCGAAUGUUUUGUUCAUACAUCAAGUGUUCUAUAUUGUUUUAUCUUAAAUAUUUUGAAAAUAACCUGGAGAAAUUGGAGUUUAAAAUGGAGAACACUUGGGAAUGCACAAAAGGGAAGUCAGCAUUGUGAAAGGAAUUAUAACAUUUUCCAGUAAAGUUUUCAAUACAGUGAACCUGGCCAAGUUAUUGAGCUCUACUUGCUCUUUCCCAUGCUGACUGACUUUGUGCUGCUUUUUAUGUUCAAAAGAGUAUGUUAAGCAUUAGAGUUUUUUUUGCUGAAAUUUCUGCAGCCGCCUCUUGUAAUCUGUUCCUUGCUAUGAACUGUGUCUCAUCUCAGCUUUGCACAGUGAGGAGGUUGGAGUGGAUGUGCUCAGGAAUAAGGGGGUAAAUGUGUUUGAAAGGAACAAAAAUGCCCAGCUCUUAAGUGAACCAUCCUGCUUUUCCUGUAUCCCUUGUGCAGAUCAAGCAGAAGCACAAUUUUAUUUAUCACGUCAAAAGUGCAUCCCAGUACUUUAUAAAAAGGAAAUACCUACAUGCUUGCUUAAAUAGGAUACGACUUCUCUGACACCCCCCCCCCCCCCCCCAAAAUAUUACUGCCUCUUUGGGAUAGGUGGAUGUACACAUUGUUCAUGUUUCCUGCUCUCUGCUUGGCUUUUAGAGUGUAAACCUGUCUCCAUCCCUGGUAUGUGACAUUGCUACAUGGCAGGACAUUUUUCCAGCACUCCAUCCCUGAGCUUAUGGUCCCUUCCAGUUGAUUGGCUGAUUCAUAUGUUGUGGGAUAAGGGAUGAUGGGAAUGGGGGAUCGGAAGAGAUGUUUACCCCAACAGAAGUGGAGAAGCUUUGGGGGUGGGAGAAGCACAAACUGAUGUGCCAUCUGCUUUGAGCAGGGAUCUUGUGUUCAUUGAGCCUCAGGCUCUAGCUGUGAAAAUCUGUGACAUGACAUCCCAUCCCACCUCAACCAGCUCAGCGCCAGUGGCAAGCAGGUGUAGGGGCAAAAACCGCUUCAGAAAGGAAACUUAAAUGUAUACUUUAAAUUAUGUCUGCGUAAUAAUCUGUUGCAGCUGACAUCUAUUAUUACUUAAUAUCCUUUGUUUUAAAAGAAUAUUUUGAAGAAUUUUUCAUUAAAGUUUUUUUGUUACAUGUU